AUGGAACAAGAAGAUAAUCAGGGUGUGUGUGAACACCAGGACUCAGAAGACAAGGGGAUGGGCUCUGAUUUUGAGAACUCUGAGGACAGGGAAGAGGAACGAGAAGAAAGAGAAAUGGGCUCUAAUCUGCUGAAUGCAGACAAAAGAGAAGGCCACCUGGAGCAAGAGAUGUGCUCUAACCCACAGGAUGAAGCUCUAAGACAAAGCUUGGAACAGAGGGAAGUAGUGCCCAACACCUGCACAGGUGAGGAGGCAGCGCUGCUGACUGAGGAAGAAGACGCUCAACCUGGUGGAGCUGACUUGGCGAUGUUUCCAGGACUGUCUGAGUCCGACUGCAUAUCCCGGACACCCCGGGAAGAGGAGGAGAGUGCCGGGGAGAACCAGCUGGAGGAGGAAGAGGAGCGGCCGCCCGCUCCCGUACUUCCCUGGAGGAGGCACCUCUCCCUGGGGAGUCGGCACCGGAGUGACAAGCCUGCCCGCCGCCGCUUCCACCGGCUCCACCACCCCAUGGCCAUGGACCUCGGGGAGCUCGACAGCCUGGUGGCCAGCAUCAUGGACGCACCCACCAUCUGCCCCGACUGCGGGGAGAGCUUCAGCCCGGGCGCCGCCUUCCUGCAGCACCAGCGCAUUCACCGCCUGGCGGAGGCCGCCGCCGUGGCCAGCCUGGAGCCCUUCGGCUUCGCGGGGGAGGCGGCGGCGCUGCGGCCCUUCGCCUGCGGGGAGUGCGGCAAGGGCUUCGUGCGCCGCUCGCACCUGGCCAACCACCAGCGCAUCCACACGGGCGAGAAGCCGCACGGCUGCGGCGAGUGCGGCAAGCGCUUCAGCUGGCGCUCGGACCUGGUGAAGCACCAGCGCGUGCACACGGGCGAGAAGCCCUACAUGUGCUCCGAGUGCGGCGAGACCUUCAGCGUGAGCUCGCACCUCUUCACGCACAAGCGCACGCACUCGGGCGAGCGGCCCUACGUGUGCCGCGAGUGCGGCAAGGGCUUCGGGCGCAACUCGCACCUGGUGAACCACCUGCGCGUGCACACGGGCGAGAAGCCCUUCCGCUGCGGCCAGUGCGAGAAGCGCUUCAGCGACUUCUCCACGCUCACGCAGCACCAGCGCACGCACACGGGCGAGAAGCCCUACACGUGCAUCGAGUGCGGCAAGAGCUUCAUCCAGAGCUCGCACCUCAUCCGCCACCGCCGCAUCCACACCGGCAACAAGCCGCACAAGUGCGCCGGCUGCGGCAAAGGCUUCCGCUACAAAACGCACCUCGCGCAGCACCAGAAGCUGCACCUGUGCUAGGGCUGGGCAGAAGCAGGCUGCCUCUGGGAGCGUGUGGGGAGUGGGUGUCCUGGGGACAGACGCUAUAGAAAGAAGUGGGGGAGGGACAAUCUGAGAGUGGCCGGGGAGCCUUUUGGUUAGGGGGUCCUGAGGGGGAGGGUUGAGUAGGAGUUGUCCUUUCCGGGUGCCACACUUUGCCUGCCUCCUCCCCAGCGAGAUGCGCUUGAGACUGUGACUUCCUUUACACGUUGUGAGAGAGGUGAAGAGUGCGCAGGAGCAGCGGCGCUUUGAGGACCUGAGGAAGGGGAGAUGGGGGCGGGGAUGGGAACAGGAUGGCGGGGAGUAGAGUAGGUUGGGCUGUGCUGACCUGUGGGAAUCGGGAGAGGGUGUGGUUGGCGUGAGGGUUAUGGGGUAAAAUAAGACGCGGGUAUACAUCUAUCCUGGUCCUACCAGGUGGUAAGCUGGUGUUUGCCGUGUCCCCCCACAUCAGCGGUACUCCCACGAAAAGUAGGGGAACCUUGUCAAUCCUAUAAUAGGAUAUUUAGUGUAAUCUUCCCUUCCUUUCUCUGAGCCACAGUUAGCUGCUAUUUUUAGGCAUCCGGGGGAAACUGGGCAGAAAAGACCCUCAUUUCAAGGAGCAACCUUUGGGGUUUAGAAAUUUACUUAUAACUGGUUCUUGAUCUGGGAACUCCUGGUCCUGCUCUUGGUUCUUUGCUAGUUCUUUGAAAAUAUUCUAGCUUCAUGCUGGGUCUAGGCCGUCUACAUGCAUGACCGCCCCCGGCCCCCUGUGUCACGUGUUUGCUGCACCAAGUAUUUCAGGUUGCGCUUGUGGUCAUUUAAGUGCAGGUAAAUGGAACAAUCCCAGCUAUGUGUCCCUUUCCCAGGUCAGCUUGAUGGUAUGUUUCAAGGAAACCUCAGACCAUAAACAGUUGUCCCAGCGACCUGCUACAAAAAUCAAGUAGCUCAGAGUUUUGCUGGCUUUCUGUGAGAAAUUCAGGAAGACAAAGUGUUCACACGUUGGGAUGUGAGGCUCCUUUGUCUCAUUUGCCUUCAUUUGCGCCUGUGUCUCCCGUCCCCCACUAUCCCCCACCUCUAUCCAUAUUGAUGAGGAUCUAGUCCAAGUAGGAAUUUCAUUUUCCUACAUGUGGAGGCACAGUAGAAAUCUCAAGGCUUUACACAGGAGGGCACAGUCAGGGAGAGAUGUAAACACAAAAUUGCCAAAUAGCACAAGCAAUGAAUGUUUUCUGGGUGUUAUAUAGAUGCCAAAAUAGCACUUUUGUGUUUUCAAAGUGCUUUAUGCUUUUUAAUGGUUUUUAGUUGUUUCUCACAUCUUUGUGAAGUAGAUCAGUAUUAUGACCCCUGUGUUAGGGAAGGCCUGGGGACAGGAGUGUGUCAGGCUGUCCAGAAGACAGGCUGGCGACAGUAUGAAUAGGUGUGGCCUGACUUUUUGUGUUCUCCAGCUCAGCUGCUAGCUUCCUUUACCUGUCAUGAUUUAUAUAGUGAAAUAAGGACACUGAAAAUUCUUAUGCUUGAUGGAAAACUUAAGGGUAGCCUAGAAGGGCCAAAGAUGUCCUUAUUGACAAAGCUGGUCUUUGUCACCUAAUUAGGGUGUCCUGGCUAUGUUCCAUUUCUAGUAGGGGGCUUUAGUUAGAUGACUCUUGUAUAGAUUUCAUUUUCCUAUGCUGAAAAUCUCUCCCUUAGUUAGCUUUUAGAAGUUAGAGUUGUGGAAAGCAGUCUUGUUUUCUUCACUAGCAAUUGUUAUCCUAUACUUUUCAUGGAAGCAUCUUCACAAACUGUUGGACACAGUUGAAGAGGGAAAUAAAAAAAGCUACAAGACUGUUUUUACAGUUUUAGCAAAGUUUUUGUGGAUGCUAGUAAUUUAUACUUGAUCAGUUGUGUUCUGGCAAAGAACCUCUUGGGAAGCAUGUUUUUGUCGUUAUAAAAACACGUUUUUAAUAUGUCCUGAGAAUUUGGGGCUUGUGUAAUGCCUGCUAAUCUUGCCCUGUUGAUAAGUUUAUUGUUACUCACAAAUGCAAAUAGAUUUUUAAACUAUAGACAGUUCUGAAAGACACUAAUUCUUUUUUUAUUUUCUUUUAGUCAAGAAUAAUACAAAAUGUCCAUUAUUUAUUCUGACUUGUAGUCUGAAUACUGUGUUUAAGUACUGAAAAUAAUAUAGCCAAUAUGUAGGUGAUCUUACUCCUUUGUGGUUUUUUUCCCCCUGCACAUCUACCUCUUCUAGCUGUUUUAAGUUCUCUCAAGUCUGUGCCUAUGAAAUCUCAUCCAACUUUGAUUAUUCGUGGGUUGAUUAUCCACUGUAUGGGUUGUUUGGUCUUUUGCUGCCAUCGUUAUGCACAGUCUCAUCUGCAUCAAAUAUGUUACAUAUUAGCAACUUCAGAGAAAGGGUUUAACAGGGAGUAGAGAUUGAAGCUAAUGUAAAAAAAUUUAGUGGCAGUGGACAACUUUGGACUUCAUUUACUUCUCUUGUUCUUUCUAUUACCAUGGAUAAGAGAGACAACCACAACAUUAGUAUCUCUCCUAUGAGCAAUCUCUCAGCAGAAGAAAACAAUUCAAACCCAACACCCCACUCUCAUGGUGCAUUGAAAAUGUGAUUCCAUUUUUCUUACAAUUCUUCAGGGAACAUACCCACAUUAAGUGAGGUUAAAUGUAUUCAGAAGGUUGUUUCUUGUAUCUAGUUUUAGAAUAGUAGUAUAUCUUCAGCAAACCCUGUUAACUGUGGUUCACCCUUGAAAAUGUUAAUCUGAAGACUCCUUCCACCAACUCAUUCAGGAUGGUAGAGGCAAGUAUAUGAAUUGUUUCCUGGGGAGUUUGGUCAAGAGCAGGCUUCCUCUGCUGUCCUUUACUAAGCAAAACCUAAAGCAGUUUAAACAGGUUAAAUGGUUUUGAUUAAAUCUCCCUGAGUUGCAACAAGAUGAGACGUUAACCCCUUGAGCCAUGUGGUCUCUUCACAAUCAAGAGGCUGUACAUAUGUGAAAAAGUACAAAGAUCUGGUGUUCACAGACAAUCCACUGUGUUUCUGAAGUUUGUGCACAUUUUCCUUCACUGUAAUGUUAUUUUACAGCUGUUUGUAAAAUAGGGAAUAAUUUAAUGAUCCUAAAAGUAAUAGGUUUUGUGUGAGUGCGUGCUGUGUAUGUGAGAAUUGCCUUUUUUUCAGGUUGUUUUAUUUAAUGAUAGUUCCUCGGACAGCAUUCUGGUGUUCAGCAACCAAUAUGGAAUAUUUGUCAUUAAAUCCAUAUCAGUCUUUUACCAUGUCA